AUGUCCAACGGCAUCUGGGGAGAGAAGGUGUUCAAGGAGUGGUUGGAAGAUGAAAAACAAUGGCGGUUGAUCACCGACAUCCGGGCUUGGAGCGACGAAGACAUGACCAGGCACUUGAGCAGGGACCCGAUGUAUCUCAGCGCGCACCUAAUUUCUUCUCACACAGCCGGAUAUCGUGAGUAUAUCACCUCCGACCUUCCAGAGCAGUCUUAUGGACUAGGAACCCUGGACAAAUUCCCUGGCGAGAUUCUGGAUUACAUCCUCGGAUGUCUGGAACCCGACUGGCUUGAGACCUUUGGUCGAACUUGCAAACUCGCCAGAUACUUCAGCGCCCACCAGACAGGAUUAGUGAUGCUCCGAAAGUGGGCACCUAUGGUGCCUCCCAUCAUUCGAUGCGUGGGCCUGGGCCGCGACCACUCCAUUAACCAGAUCAUUUGCGAGUUUCGUUACGCCUACUGCCGUUCCUGCGGUCUACGCGGUACACUGCUCUUCCUUCCCACCUGCGAACGCCUGUGCGAGAACUGUGCCUACUACAACCAGGCCUACUGGGGAAUCGAGAUCUUCCGAGCCAUCAAGGCAUUUGCCCUGCCCGCCACCUUCGUCCACAAACUCCCGAUCAUGCUCUCCACCAAAUAUGUGUGGCUCGGAUCAGAGCCCCUUUGCCAAAAAAUUGACCCCACAGAGUUCGUCGCCGUGAAAAGUGUCAAGGCAGCCGCGUUAAAGGUCCACGGAACACAGAAGAACCUAGACCUGGAAGCGGAAAACAUUAUCCCAGAUCGUUUCCGUCGACCGACAACCCUCGAUAUGAAUGAGAGCAUCCGAUACCGAUUCUUCCGCGUUGCGAACUUGGACCCUCUGAACGCAGAUAUGGCCCUGCUCAAAUCACUCCCCGAGACCCACGACCCUAUGCCCCCAUGGGAAGGUUAUUACGGCAGGACCACGACCCUCUUGCCGACGCUCCCGCAUGGUAGCAAGAAGCCUCUUCAGACGUAUCGCUGUGCUGGCUGCUGGUCCAUCUGUUCGUCGCCAUUCGAAAUAACUUCCCAGCAGUACGAGAUGCUCGGAGUAGACCCUGACGCACGAACGUUCGACAAGGCCCGGAUUCUUUGCGGACGAACCAGCUUGACAUAUACGGUGGAGGAGUUGCGACGUCAUGUCGCAGGUUGUUUCGGCGCCAAGUUGUUGAUGUAUCGACAGUCGGUGCUUGAGAAGAAACGCAAGGAGAAGAAGGAGGACAAGUAUGCGUUCCUCCUCACUCGACCUCGCAAGCCAAAUAAUUGGGUGAAUCUCCUCGGACCUUCCCUGUGA